GAUAACGCCUCCGCUUGUUAUUCCAUCGAUAAGAUGUCCUCAUUUCGCAACGUUUUCAGUCGCCCUUAACUUUGCUUGUCUGGCCAGGUCGAAUAUGGAGCAUUUAUUUACAGUCUGUCUUCUAGUGGUUUUAUCCGUGGUUGGAACUCAAGGUCAACGUCAGACCGCAACAGAUUGCUUGCAACACAGCAAAGGACGACAUUUCGUAGUAAGCUUCGCUCAGAUCUACGGCCAUUACUUUGACAACGGAACGUUAGCACCAACAUCAAUCUCGCUACGCGUUUCCUCGACGUCGUUCGGUCGUGUGACUGUAGAGGCUUCGUCAUCUAGUGGCAAAACGCAGUCAAUAGUCGAUUCGUUUGUACUUGACCAUGUAGAAAUACCGAUUAAUACGUCUUACCUUGCCCUCCCUGGAAUUCACGACGAUAAAACCAUAAUUGUCAAAUCCAGUGUAGAUAUAUCCCUUACAGCAUUGUACAGUUUUCCGGAUUCCGAGGUACCAACUGCUGUCCUACCGACUUCGAGUCUCGGUCGAAACUACACUGCCGCUAUGAUGAAACCGAACACAUAUUUUUCAAAUUCUUCAGCAAACAUUUUGGUAAUCGCGACCGCCGAUUCGCAGACGACCGUGACGUUCAGUGACGGUGGGACGAGUACGCACCAAACGUUGAGCAAAUACCAAACGUUUCUAUUCAGCUGUAGCUCUGACAAAAGUGGUAUUCAAAUAACUUCAAACAAUCCUGUGGCAGUAUUUACAAGUGUCGGUUCCGGUUACGACACUCUGUACAGUUUCUUUAAUGUCAAAUACAAAUACAAUCAUACACAUUCAAUGUUUGCACAGAAUCUGCCAAAAGACCAUACGACAACUCACUACAUUGUGAUGCCCGUUUUUGACAAAGAGUCCACAUUACGGAUAUACGCUAUGGAAGACGACACACGCGUCUCUUUCAAGAACAUCGCAAAUUUACAAAAUAUUCAUGUCUACAAAGAAAUCUACUAUGAAACAGUCAUUAAAGACCGCAUUGCAAUGGAAAUUGUGUCUACAAAACCCAUCCUUGUUACUCAAGCGCCUUCGUCAAGUGAGACGAUGUUCUUUGUUCAGGCAGAGUCUCAGUACAUGAGCGAGUACGCAGUCUACGGUGCAACACGCGCCGUAAUCAUCGUUCAGACCGACGAGGCUUCGGGCAUUCUGCUGGAUACGACGCCCCUUGCCCACAACCCCGAGCUGCAAGCGAGUCAUCACGUCAACAACUACACAAUACUGUCAACCGAGCUCGAUGGAAAACGUUCGCACGUGAUUUCACACGUUGGAAAUAUUCCGUUCGGAUUGCUUAUUCUAAAAAGGUUUCCGGACGGUUCCAACCCAAUUAAAAACGCUUUUGCGUACAGUCCGGGCUUUAAGGUACAUUUGCAAGAAUGCAGUGGUCUUCCCAUCAUUGGCUAAAUAUGGACACGUGGAAACUGUCUCCAGUGAAAACGCAGGCGCCUGUUCGGAGUAUUAUACGUAAAGAAAUAUAUCAAUAUGUAUUUUGCCUGUAACAAGCAAUAUAAACACAUUGUUUUCUGUCAUGUAAUUAAUUUAGGGCAUCUUAUAUAUGAAGACAUGUUUUGAUCAUGUUUGUGGUCUUUCUUGUACAAUUGAUUCUUGACAAAUAUGAUGACAUAAAAACCCGAAGUAAAUUUACGAUUACCAAUAGGAUUCAUAACAACCCAUAUAAACAAGCACCGUUAUGUUUUUCCGUAUUAAGAAUACUGAAAUUUGUCGUUACUCGUUCAUUAAAUAAUUAAACAUUA